CAGCGACACCUACUCAUCUACAAAUCGUACUAGCUUUGGUGCUAAUGCUGACCUAUAAAAGCGUUCGCAAUUCAUGAAGCUGGCAUAACGUUACCGAUCGACAUUUAGUUAGAACGUCGAGCGGCUGUAAAUAGCUUAAGACAAAAUGAAGCAUACUGUGGUGCUGACACUGGCUGUGAUAUGUAUGGUCUGUGUGAUGCAGAAUGAAGCGAGUAUUGUGCCGGUGGUGUUGGAACCACAGGCACCCGUUGUGGUCUCUGUGCCAUCGAUACCGGUGGUGAAGAUUGUGCCCGUGGCUGCAGGUGGUGCUGGUGGCGCUGGCGGUGCGGGUGCCGCUGGUGGCGGCGGUGGCGGUGGUGGUGCUGCUGGCAUUGAUGGCGGCGCUGGUGGUGGCGGUGGCGGCGGUGGUGCUGCUGGUAUUGGUGGUGCUUCAGGUGGUGGCGGUGGCGGCGGCGGUGCUGCUGGCAUUGGUGGUGCUGCAGGUGGUGGCGGUGGCGGCGGCGGUGCUGGUGGUGUUGGACCCAUUCUUAUUGAUGGCCAUUAAAUUGUAAAUAUGUUGCUUUGUAUAUAUGUAUGUUAUGUUGGUAACAGUUUUUGAUCUAUUUUGUGUUAACUUAGUUUAUGCUUUUCACAAUCACAUUUCUAUCUUUGAGUUGCUCUAUGUUUUUGCAAAUGAAUAUAACAGAUAUUUCAUAAAGUUAA